AUGGCGGCGGAAGAUGGAGGUCUGAGGGCCGGUGCGUUCUCUUCAGGACUGGCCGUGCUCCUCUCUGGGGAGGAAGAUCGGAAGGGCAGUCACCGCAGGUCCCAUUUGAUCUCCUGCUGCGACGACAUCCGCUACCAGUCGGUGGAGCAGAUGCUCGAACAUGUGUUCGAUCUGCCCUGCAAGUCCUUGGCUCCGUCGAAGCGAUCCGUCGACGUCGAUUUCGUCCGGUGGAUCAUAAACCAGAAGAGGCGGUGGGAGCACGGGGCCGCCGCCACCGCCGCCAGGGAGGGCGUGGUGGUGAGGGGCCAGGGCGCCUGCGCCGGCCUGGUCGUCCUGGACCAGAGCAGCGUCUGCGGGGAGCUGAGAGCUCCUCGGCAGGCUCUGCAAGUGGAGGGCUUCGGCAUGUUCAGCAGCGCCCGCGCGAACGCCUGCGUCUCCAGGGGCCGCUGGAUGUACGAAGUGGUGCUCGAGACCGCCGGCGUCCAGCAGCUCGGGUGGGCGACCCUCGCGUGCCCCUUCACCGACCGCAAGGGCGUGGGGGACGCCGACGACUCCUACGCCUUUGACGGGAGGAGGGUGAGGAAGUGGAACAGGGAGGCCAGGGCCUACGGCCAGCCGUGGGUCGUCGGCGACGUCAUAGGCUGCUGCAUCGACCUCGAAGCAGGGGAGAUCUCCUUCUACAGGAACGGGGAGUCUCUCGGAGUGGCCUUCGACUGCGUCCGCCGUAGCGGCGGUGGCGGCGCCGGCGAGCUCAGCUACUACCCUGCCAUCUCCCUGUCCGAAGGGGAGAGAUGCGACCUCAACUUCGGGAACCGGCCAUUCAAGUACCCCGUCGAGGGGUUUCUCCCCAUCCAGCCGCCCCCCGCGCCGAGCUCCGCCGCGGCGUACUUGCUCCGGUGUCUGUCCCGGGUUCUCGAGUUGCAGAGCUUGGACAGAUGCGAUCCGGCCUCCUUUGAGAGAUUGAGGCGGGUGAAGAGGAGGUUUCCACUGCUGGAGGAGCUCUUCCACCCCAUCUCCCGCGGCAUCUGCGAGGAGCUCUUCGCGGUGAUCGAGGCGGACGGCGCCGGCGGCGUCGAGUACGUCGCGCAGGGGCCGCUGCUUUCGUUCCUGCUGGAGUGGUUCUCGGUGCGGCCGCCGCACGACCGCGUUGGCCUCCUGGACAGGGCGGUCGACCUGUUCCUCGAAUUCCCGGGGUCCAAUCCGCUCUUCCGCCAUCUGAUCCUGGCGCUCUCCUCGAGCUGCAGGACGGCAUCGCUGGUCCUGCUGGAGUGCCCCUUCUCCGGCUCGUACCCCUACCUGGCUCUGGCGUGCCACAUCCUCCGGCGAGAGGAGCUGAUGGCCCUCUGGUGGAGCUCGCCGGAGUACGAGUUCGAGUACUCGCUGGAGGGCUUCCUCUCCAGGAAGGGCCCCAACAAGCACGACCUGCAGCGCCUCAUCCCCUCCGUCUGGCGGCCCCCCGGCUCUUCCGAGGAGAUGUACCUCGAGUCCAGCAUGAUGCUCACGACCACCGCCCUCUCUGGAGCCGUGAGCAAGGUCCGUCCGUCCUCCUCUUCACUGCCCAUGUCGGAAAUUCAGCAGCUUUCUUCCUCGUUAGAUCACGUUUGACUUUUCCCCCCCCUUUUCUGAUUCGUUUAUCAAUGAAGAUCGAGGAGCUCCAGAGGGAGCUGUGCCGCAUGGUCAUGAAGUUCAUACCGCCGGUGCCGCCCCUCCAGCCGCCAGGAUCGGUGUUCAGGACGUUCUUGCAGAACUUCAUGAUGAAGAUGAGGGGAGCCGACCAGAAGAUGGCCUGGUCGGGGGCGUCGAACAACUCCGUCCUGGUCUCCCUGUACAUGGUGAUUCUCCAUUUCUUGUCCGAAGGGUCCGCUCUGGAAGGCAUCUGCGAGCGGGCGAAGGGAUCUGGAGUGGCGGCGCCCGGAGGCUUCCUCCACCGGGGGGGGAGGCGCAGCUUCCCCGGCGGGCUCCUCUUCAAGGUCGACCCACAUCGGACGAGCAUUCCGAGGCUCGGUGGGUCCUUCUUCCAUCUGAUGAAGCUCCACCCGGUGAACCACGAAGAAACGGAGGAGAUCACCUGGGACGAGGGCUGCAUGGAUUCGCAGGAUGCAAAAGUGACGCACUCCACCAGGCAGAAACCCUGUUGCUGCUCUGGAUUCGACGCCGCCGAUCUGAUGAAGAUACUGAAGAACCCGGCCAGGUUCCCUGUGAAAGGCCACCGGGCCGCUGGUAGCCACAUCCCCGAGAGGUCGGCGACCCAUGUUGCCGCCGAGUGCAGCACGGGAGGAUUGAACGACGAGAUCGUGGACAAGCCCAGCACCAGCGGACAGUCAGAGUCGGCUUUUGUGUGCCGCCAUUUACAGCGACUGGAGACCCUACCGAGCUCGAGCCACUCGUCGUCCUCCUCCGCUGCCGCCGUACUGAGGGAGGAGGAGCUCCUGGAUGCUCUGCUCUUACUCUACCAUCUGGGCGUUUCAUCAAAUUUCAAGCAGGUAACGUGAAUCUUUCUCUUUCCCUCUCCUCUCCUCUACUCUGUUUUUGAGCUCUGGCAAAGACUCAAGAUCCAUGCUUGUUUCAUGCAGGCAUUCUACUACAAGUCUCAUCAGACGUCGUUGAGCGCCAUCCUCGACGACAUUGACAGGCAGAUCAGGGAGAAGCCCUCCGGAGAGCAGCAGAAGGGCUUGAAAGAAGCUCGGAAUGUCUACCGCGAGGAACUGGUCGACUGCAUAAGGCAGUGCGCGUGGUGAGUCUGUCUGGUGAUUGUCGCAGCUGCUGCUGCUGGCGACUUUGCUCCGCAGCGUUCUUGCCCAUUUUUCUGUCCCACUGUCGUCAACGCCAUGGUUGUCACUUCGAUUGCAGGUACCGCGCCUCCCUCUCUUCUCCGUGGAAGCAGCGGGGGACCUACGCCCUCUGCGUCUGGGUCGUGGAGUUGCUCGUCGUCCUCAGCAGAGACGACUCGCAUUUCGCGUACGUCCCCGAGUUCUAUCUCGAGACCGUGGUAUGCUUUCCACCACUCUCUCUCUCUCUCUCUCUCCCUCUCCCUCCAUCUUCUCUGUCCAUUGAUUUAUCUUAACUGGGGGAAGAUGCUUCACUGCUCGCAGGUUGACUGCGUGCUGUCGCUGUGCAGGAGCGACCCGCCGUUUGUCUCCCCUGCGAUCUUAAUCAAGCAAGGAUUGUCUUCCUUUGUAUGCCCCGCAAGCUCUCUCCCCUCCUCUCCCCCACCCAAAUGCUGCGUUCUCUGUCUGAUUCCAGAAAUGGCAUUGCUUUCUGUUCCUAGGUGACGCUGGUGGCGGCCCACUUUGACGACCCGAGGAUUCUGAGCGCUGACCUCAAGGACCUCCUCCUCCAGUCCAUCUCCUUCUUGGUCAGGCACAAGGACUACGUGGCCGCGUUCGAGAGGAACAAGGCCGCCGUCAAGAGGAUGCCCAGGGCGCUGCUCGCGUCUUUUGACCACCGGUCAUGGAUCCUCGUCGCCAACGUGCUGAACCACCUCUGCGGCGGCUCGGGCUUUGGCCCCUCCAAGCAUGGGGACUCCUCUUCCUCUCCCCUCUUCCAGGUUAGAUAGAACCCACAACCCACCCGACCAUCUCCAUUUUCAUCUCCAUCUCCAUCUCCAUCUCCUUCAUCUCCAUCUCCAUCUCCAUCUCCAUCUCCAUCUCCGUUUCCAUCUCCAUCUCCAUCUCCAUCUCCAUCUUCAUCUUCAUCUUCAUCUUCAUCUUCAUCUUCAUCUUCAUCUUCAUCUUCAUCUUCAUCUUCAUCUUCAUCUUCAUCUUCAUCUUCGUCUUCGUCUUCGUCUUCGUCCGUAGGCCCUGCUGCGGGAGGCUUGCGUCGGGGACGACCAACUCUUCUCCUCCUUCCUCAAUCAGCUGUUCAACACUCUGAGCAUGAUGAUGACGGAGUUCUCCAUCCUCAUUCGAGAUAUGCAGGACAAAUAUCAGGUAUAUAGAUAUAGACACUGAUUCUGGAUGAUUUGUGGUGGAUGGAUGGCAGUAGCCUGGCCUGUUCUUGAUCCGAUCAUGUUGCCUGAAAUAUCGAUCGCCUGUUCUUGGCUGAUCAAAACAAGUUUGUUCUUUUCUUUUUUUUGAUUGCACAGCUGCGAGUUGACUUUUUUUUUUGUUCUUGUUGCUGUUCGAUGAAUUCUGCAGUCGUUGGACCCACAGCAGAGAAAAUGCGGGAUCAUAUUCGAUCUCUCCUGUGGGCUCGCGAGGAUUCUAGAGUUCUUCACCUUCGAGAUCCCCCAGGCGUUCCUCCAGGGGCCCGACAUGAACCUCCGCAGGUUGACCGAGCUGAUCGUCUUCAUCCUCAACCACGUCAUCUCCGCCGCAGAUUCCGAGUUCUUCGACAUGUAAGUCAACCCCACCCGCUCGAGCUUCUGGUUGCGGUAGAUCUUCCUCUGUUUUAGGGAGAGUCAACGUCGUCGUGAUUCUGUUCUGAGGCUUUCUCUUUCUUUGCGCAGGUCGCUCAGGCGGCAUGGGCAUUACGCGGAGAAGAUGAGCCGGACCAUGAUGCUGGGGCCUCUCAUCGGGAUCAUCGUCAACCUCUUCGACGCCGGGGCGGAGCCGACGGCGGGGGAGAGGAACGAUGUCGUCGGCGUGUUCGCUUCCAUGGACUGCCCCGCCGUGCACUGCGGCUUGCAGUACCUCCUGGGAUACAACUGGGUUAGGGUUUCGUCUCAUCCUCCUCCAUGGUUAGAUAGGGUUGGUUCCUCCCCUCUGACGGCCGAUUCUCCUCCUCCAGUGCGGCGUGCUGAGAGACGGUACUUGUCUCGCGAGGCUGGCGACGCUGGAGCGGUUCGCCGGCAGCCUCAAGAGCCGGGCGGAGGCAGAGGCGGCGGCGGAAGCGGUGGGGGAGGCCGGCGCCGACGGCGAGGAAGAGGGCGCCGGGGAGCGGUGCUGCAUCUGUUACGCCGCGGAGGCAGACGCUCGGUUCGAUCCCUGUUCCCACCGCUCCUGCUUCGGCUGCAUCACCAGGCACCUCCUCAACGGGCAGCGCUGCUUCUUCUGCAAUGCCACCGUCGUCGAUGUGGUGAAGAUCGACCGCGACUGA